AUGCCAUCUCCAAAUUUGAGGAGGAAGCCCACUGGCACUAUUGAUCCAAUAAAUGUGCCUGCUCCCACCCUUCAGCGUGGGCCCUCCCCCACCCCAACUAGUGCUGCCGUUGCAAGUGCUGAUCCUAAAUCCUCAGGGCCUUCCGCUCCACCAAAUGUGCCCAAGAUCCCUCUUAUUCAGGAGAUUAAAGAUUUCUUGGCAACGGCAGAGGGUGGAAAGGUGGAAGAAGGGCUCGAUGGGCUCGAUGGGGAGAAAAUUAAACUGAGUUAUAUAGAUGGCGGUGUCAUCACACAAUGCCCGUCCUUUCAGCACAAAGCCAUCGCACCUAUCCUGAUGGCAGCCAGGGGGUGGGGUGAGCUCUCUGAGAGCCUCAUCAAGUCAUGUGGGGUGCCAACAAUCCAUUUGUUUGAUGGUGAGGAAUACAAGGUUCCUGACUAUGUGCUCUAUGAGAACACUGUCCCUGGAUCGUCGUCUGGUGAACCGACAAUCAUCCUCAAGAUCGCAGUGGCCCAAAGCUGCGCCUCUGUAAAUUAUGUCACAGUGAAGUCGCUCACAGGAUCCUACAGCUCAGUUCAUCUGGUGAUUACAGUCAAUAUCAACCUCACAACAUUACCAAAUGAUCAGAGAUUAAAAAAUCAGAAGGGGGAGGUAAUCAAGGUGAAGAAGCUCAAAGAACUUUCUGUAGAGUCAUGGGCAUCUGUCGUGCACGACUCACUGCUGCUAGAGAAUGAGGAAGGCAAUGCUCUCUCCCCCCAGCAUCUCCUGGAAUUCAAACAUUGA